GACACCAAAGGGAGAGGACGCGCACCAACUCCUCUUAAUCAUUAUUUUUUUCCCCGCUUUGUAUUCCCCAAAAAAGGAUUAUAUUUUUAUAUCGUUGUGACUUCAGUUCUGCCUUUAUAGAGAGCAGACACACACACACAAAAAAAUAAUAAGAUGGAGAGUGUUUGAGAUACGAAAGAUCACACUGUAAACAACAACAGAGAUCGUGAUAGAAGGAAAACGAAGUCUAUGGGGAAGCUUUUGGUAAAGAAAAGAACGUUUUGAGACGUAAUUUCGCCCAUUCCAAGAGAGGGAGAAGGAGAGGGGCCAAGGCAGACACAGGACAAUGGCUUGGAAGUCGCCUUUGUCUUUUGCAGUGUUCCUGGUCGUGCUUGCGGCUUCUGUCAGUCAGACAAAAAGUGAGGGGCAUUGUGUGUGGUAUGGGCAGUGCGGGCAGAACCCUCUCACCUCGAAGACUGCCAACUGCCCAUAUAAUGGCACUGCAAAGGUGCUGGACCCUUCUGCCCAGUUAACCCUUGCAGCAACAUGUCCAGAACUUGUUAUGGACCUUAUGUCCCGUGACCCUGGCGGCAACAUCAGUACGUGCUGUGAUGCUGGCCAGGUUACUGCCACCGUGACGCAGAUGGCAGUUGGGAUGGCCCUACUGAAGCGAUGUCCGACCUGUGUGAGGAACUUCCGGAUGGCCUUUUGCUACCUGACCUGCAGUCCUGACCAAAGUGACUUCAUGAAUGUAAAAGAGCUUAAAAAGGCUCCAGAUACGAAUAAAACAUUCAUCUCGUCAUUGGAUGUGCACAUAACAGAUGACUUUGUAAAUGGAGUGUACAGCUCGUGUAAAGAUGUGGCCAUGCCUUCCACCAACGAGAAGGCGAUGUCACUCAUGUGUGGAGCUUGGGGCUCUUACUACUGCACUGGCCAGAGGUGGUUUGACUUCAUGGGCACCACCCGUAAUGGUUAUUCGCCCUUCCAGAUUGACUAUAUCUACAAAGAGGAGUCGGGAUCUGAAUUUAAGCCUUUCAACAAAACAAUCAUUCCAUGCAGUGAAGCCAUAACAAAUGACUCCCGGUCAUGCAGUUGCCUCGAUUGUGAAGCGUCCUGUCCAGUGCCACCCCCUUUGCCCCCCUUGCCGCAGCCCUUCACUAUUUUUGGGCUGAACGGCAUGGAAGUGGUGAUGACGUUGCUGUUCAUCGUCUUUGCAACAGCCUUCACCGUUGUUUACAUUUGCUUCUCCUGCAGGGCACGAAGCAUAGAUAUUGCAGUGACUGACCAGAGCGGAGCUGUAGCAGGAGAUGAGCCCACCUGUUUUGAAAAACUUGGGUCGAACUUGGAGGACUAUCUAGAGAGGUUCUUCACAUCAUGGGGCACAGUGUGUGCUGAUCACCCAUGGACUGUGCUCAUUGUAGGUGUAUUGAUAUCCAUUGGAUUGUCAGUAGGCAUCAUCUAUCUAAAAGUAACAACAGACCCUGUUGAACUAUGGGCUGCCCCGAAUUCCAAGUCUCGUAUUGAAAAGGAUUACUUUGACAAGAACUUUGAACCUUUCUACAGAACAGAAAUGCUUAUUAUAAGACCUAAAGGAGUUGAUAAGGUUCCGCAUCAAACUCCCAAUGGCACAGAGUGGUGGGGGCCAGCCUAUAACCAGACCUUCCUGGCUGAGGUUAUGAAGCUGCAGAAUUUCAUAACACAAGAGGUCCAUGGCGAAGUAGAUGAUAAAUUUGUGUACCUGGAGGACAUAUGCUUUAGGCCACUCUCACCUGUGAACAACAACUGCACCAUCCAGAGCGUGGUAAACUACUUCCAGAACAACGAAGACAACUUGAACCUUACAGGGAACAGCAGCUUUGGACUGCCCUACACCUACAUUGACCACCUGGACCUCUGCUACAGAAAUCCAGUGACAAUGGACACAACUUUGGAUAUUCCCUGCUUGGGCGAGUAUGGAGGACCCAUCCUGCCCUUCACUGCUCUUGGAGGAUUUCUCAAUGGUUCUCAGAUCCUUGGGGCGAACCCUCCAUUCAAAGAUGCUUCAACACUUGUUAUCUCCCUUGUAGUCAACAACUUCAAUGACAAGGAGAAGGUGGAGAAAGCCAAAGCAUGGGAGGAAGCGUUUCUCAAGUUCAUAAAGGACUUCGAUCACCCGAUGAUGGACAUCGCAUUUUCAGCCGAGCGAUCCAUACAGGACGAACUGCAGCGGGAGAGCGAGGGCGACAUCAUCACCAUCCUCAUAUCUUACUGCAUCAUGUUUGCAUACAUUGCUUUAGCUCUUGGAAGCUACACGCGUUGCAGUCGGGUGUUGGUAGACUCCAAGAUUACUCUGGGCUUGGGUGGUGUGCUCAUUGUGUUGAUCUCUGUCUCAUCUUCUAUUGGUGUUUAUGGCUACGCUGGAGUUCCUGCGACCCUGAUUAUUAUUGAAGUUAUACCCUUCUUGGUAUUAGCAGUAGGAGUAGACAACAUGUUUAUUCUUGUUCAAACGUAUCAGCGCGAGUCACGUCGUCCAGCCGAGUCUCGAUCUGAACACAUAGGGCGUGUUGUGGGGCAGGUUGUUCCCACAAUCCUACUUGCUUCCUGUUCAGAAAUAGCUUGCUUCUUUUUAGGUGUGCUCUCAGGGAUGCCUGCUGUACAUGCAUUUGCUCUGUAUGCAGGACUUGCCCUCACCAUUGAUUUCGUCCUGCAAAUUACAUGUUUUGUGUCUCUCAUGGCACUGGAUGCAAAGAGACAAGAAGAAAAUAGACUCGACAUCUGCUGUUGCAUCAAGGGAUCAAACAAGGAAGGGACGUCACCUGAGGGCCCCAUACAGAAAUUCUUUAAACUCGUCUAUGCUCCCAUGCUUCUGUCCCGCAUUGCUAGACCAGUUGUGGUGGUCGUGUUUGUAGGAUGGCUGUGCUCGAGCAUUGCUGUUCUGCCAAUGAUUGAAAUAGGUCUUGAUCAAGAAUUGUCUAUGCCAGAAGACUCCUACCUACAAAAAUAUUUUCAAUAUCUAGGAAAGUACCUAAGUGUUGGACCUCCAGUGUACUUUGUCCUCAAGGGUGGCCUCAAUUUUAGUAACUUCAAUGAUCAAAAUAAAGUUUGUGGGACUGUGGACUGUGACACAAACAGUCUGGCCAUGCAAGUGUAUUAUGCUGCUCACCGUGCCAAUAGAACUUUCAUCGCUCAGCCAGCCUCCUCAUGGAUUGACGAUUAUAUGGACUGGUCCAUUUACAACCUGGACAGUCCAAGUGAUGAUACACCAUGUUGCAGAGUAAAGAAGGAUGGAACAUUCUGUCCUUCGAGUGAUUAUGAGUCUGACUGUGACGACUGCAACAUAAACCUAACAGAAGAUGGACUGCGACCCGAUCCAGAUUCCUUCAUGCAGUACUUACCAUUUUUCCUGGAGGAUGUACCAGGAGAGUCGUGUCCUAAAGGUGGGCAUGCAGCUUAUGGACAAGCUGUUAGAAUUGUAACAACAGACAAAAAUGAGACAACAGUUGGUGCCAGUUACUUCAUGACAUAUCACACUAUUCUCAAGACAUCCAAAGACUAUUAUGAGGCUCUAGAAUGGGCCAGAGAUAUUUCAGAAAAUAUCACAGACACCCUGAAUGAGGGCCAGGAGGAACCAGUGUAUGAAGUUUUCCCUUAUAGUGUGUUCUACGUGUUCUAUGAACAAUACCUCACCAUGUGGCACGAUGUCUUGAAAUCGCUUGGCAUAUCCCUUGUGACGGUGUUCUUGGUCAGCAUUGUCCUCUCAGGCCUGGACAUCGCUUCCUCCUUCGUGGUGAUGGCAACCAUUACCAUGAUUCUCAUCAAUCUAGGGGGACUCAUGUACUGGUGGGGGAUCUCCCUCAAUGCCGUCUCGCUGGUCAACCUGGUUAUGGCUGUUGGUAUCUCAGUGGAAUUCUGCAGUCACAUCACCCAUGCUUUUUCACUCUCUCUCGAGGACACCAGACUCCUUCGUGCCAAAGACGCUCUGAUCACAAUGGGAAGCUCUGUGCUCUCCGGAAUCACCUUCACCAAGUUUGGAGGUAUCCUAGUCUUAGCAUUUGCGCACUCCAAGAUCUUCCAGGUCUUCUACUUCAGAAUGUACUUGGGGAUUGUGCUCUUCGGUGCAGCUCAUGGCCUCAUCUUCCUACCAGUCCUGUUGAGUUUCUUUGGUCCAAACCCUAAUAGAUGUCGCAUCCAGAAACGGCACUGGAAACACAUAGCGGAGAGCUUCCACGGGUCCAUGUCCCUGGCGGACGAGGUGCCUGAGCCAGCUUUUGUCAACGUGGAGUCGGAUAUGGAUACCCACCUCGUCCAGCCAGAAAUUCACCCUUCCUAUGGGGGCACGAACAGUGUCACCGUCUAGCCUCUUAUGCCACACCUACGUUGGAUCUGGUCUUUAAAAGUAAUGUGGAUAUGUAAUACUCCUAUUCGUUUUUUUUCUGUUGUAUGUCAUAAUGACAAUUUGACAUAGGAUCUGAACAUAUAUUUUGUUAGAUAUUUAUUGUUUUUUUUCUCUCUCUCUCUCUCUGAUUCUCUUUACUCUUUUUUUUGCUUUUUCUUUUUUUCUUUCUUUUUUUCUUUUUUUAAAGAAUUCUUUAGACCUCAGAUGUGAUCCCCCUUCUGUCAGAGCAGCAAGGAAUAGAUAUGUGUAUGUUUAAAUAAUUUCCCUUGCAGUUAUGUUAUGGUGAUUGCGAUAAACGUUAUCAAAAUUAAUUGCUUUCAGAGCUAUCAGGACAUAAUUCUACUUGUGUCCUCUAUUCCAAUUUUUAAAGAAAAAUUUUUAUGUUCUUGCUAGUUUAGAAAACACGUAUGUUACAUAUAGUUCAAGGAAUUCAAGUGUUAAAACUUUUAAUUAUCCCUCUCCCCCCUUGUAUAUAAAAGACUAAGAAAAAGGGGGUAUCUGUGGACUUAAUUAUAUGUAUUGUAUCUCAUGUGCAGGGAAGUGAACCUUAGAUUUUACAAAUAUGAACAAAAAGUCAGGUAUAGAGACAAUUUAUUUUUGUUGUUGAAAUAACCAAAUCAAGCACAGUAUUCAUACCUCUGUCUAAAACCAAGGAUGGAACAUAAGACAUGAUACGCUUUCACUCUAUCCUACAUCUGUUUGCUUUCGAGUGAAAUAGUUUUAUGAUUUUAUUUACCUUUAUUAUAUUUUGUUUAUUAAUUUUUCUAAAGUUAUUUUCUGGGCCAUUUUAUAAUAAAGAUUAACAGAACUUAUUCUGAAGCUCAUGUGUUUUGCCUUUUCUUUUUUUCUUUUAAGAAAAACAAAUGAUAACUUUUCACAAUAAAUAUAAAAUCAGUGUGAUCUUAGACAAUUGUCUGUAGUGUCAGCUGGUGGCUAUAAAUAUUAAAAAAAAAAAAAAAAAAAAAUUAUUUAUGGCCUUGUAGCCUGGAUCUUUAUUUGACUGUAAAUUUCAAUGUCUACAAAACCAUUCCUUUUGUUAGGUUUUGUUAUCACCUGAUAUAUAGAUUAUAAGGAACAGCUCCUUCUGGAGUGUAAUGACAUUUGAUAUCUUUCCAUUGUUGUUAUUUUUUUUAAAGUGGUAUGUAAGUUUUUGAAUACACUUGUUCAAAAGAUCCUACAGGGAUUUGGAAUCUAUUGGCCCAUACUUUUUUUUAAUAACUUAAGAAUCCCAGGUUCUUUGGUUGUGAUUCAGAUAAACCUUAAAUAAUAUUCAUCAUUUUAUUAGUGUUUGUAUUUAUAUUAUACAGAAACCUUUUUGUAAUUUUACUUAGUAAAUCCACUUGUCUCAUUCUAACCUUCUCUAUAUUUUCUUACAAUGUCCGAAAGCUUAAGGAGUCCAUGGUUUUGUUUAUAAGUAACUAGAGGAGGCAAAAAAUUUCUUUAAAGUAAAAUUAAUAAGAAAAUUUGUUUCUCCUGUUUUUUAACUCCUCUCUUGGCUUUUUGACAUAACUGUUAUAUACAUAGAGAUUUAUGUGACACAGGUAAGCAACAGAUUUGUUAAACACUGUUUCAGAGUGUGACUGAAUGAGAAGGUUUGAGUCUUAUGUAGAUAAAAGAACUUGUAUGUGAUUUUUUUUUACAAUUUAAUCCGAUUUUUGUGUAUAUUCGGGUGUUUAGAUGAGGUCGCAAGGAAAAAGGAAAGGAAAAUUAAAAGUACAGCUUUCAUGAUUCAUACUCAGAUGGGAAUAUGGAUUAAGUUCAUUCAUAGAACUGAACUUGGCAGAAAUUGUUAUUGCAUAGAAGAGGUAGAAAUGGAAAUAAAAAAAAUUCCUUUUUUUAGUUUGGUAUCCCAUCUGCAUCAGAAUUUAACACUUAAAUUUGAAUUAUGUAUCUCUGCAUCUUUGUAUUAUUAAUUCUCAUUCAUAAUAUUUAAUGUUUGUUCCAAUUAACAAUUUUUUAUUCAGAAUGUUUCAAAGUUGAUUUUAGAAAUUGAAGAAGAAACAGAAACAAAUCCAUUUGUAAUACUGACGGGUUAGAUAAAAAAUGUUAUUUUAUGAUAAAAUAACAAUCUCCAUUGGGUCUCAUUACAUCAAAAUAUAAAUGUGUGUGAAUUGUGUAAGAUGUUCAUGUGUAUGUGUGCAUGUUUAAGAUCAUAAUUAGUAGCAUAUUGUUGGUUAUAUUUAAUAAAAAACUAUUUUCAUAUAUUGUAGAUAGUUUUAUGUAAGUUAAUUUGAUAGUGCUUGACAGUCAUAUGCAAUAAUGAAACAGUUAAUCAUUCAUUUCACACAAAAGAAGAAAUGGCUACAUUUUCGAUCAUUUUUCGUGUGUGUGAGAUGCACGAUUACCGACUUAUAAACCAAAAAAGGAUGAUAUGUAUUUUCUAGAUUGUUGAAUAAAAUGGAAGAAUUUA